AUGAGUGAGAUCAGCUCAGUGAACCCCAGUGAUUCUGCUAGCAACAUACACUCUGCAUCUCUGCGAUCGGACAGCAAAGUUAUGGAGGCAGUGAAAGAAGGUUUGAGUACAUCAAGAAGACAUGGGCCGCAAGGGGUGGACGUACUAUCUCAGAUCAGCAGCGCAAUCGCAGAUGAAUGUUUGUCGAGCUCCAUGAGUGUGAUAGAGCCCGCCCUGGCCUUAUUGGAGACGAGGGGAGUGCAUGCACUUCAUGGUCCUACUCUUUUUGUUGAGUACUGGACGGGUGCUGAAGAGACAGAUGAUACUGCAAUUGACACGGAACAUUUCGAAUACAAAGCUGAUGCUCGUUACAAUCAGUUUGGGCAGAUAGCGCGUUGGGAGAAGAUCGCUUGCGCCCUGCUGAAUGCUACUGUCCGUGUGUGCCAGCAAAGCGGAGGCCAGAAGUUCGCAGGGCAUUUGGGAUUGAUCGGCCCACCACUUGACUUGGACUCCGACCGUGUAGAUAGGAUGCUUUGGUGUGCCAGACGUUUACACCAUACUGUUGUUCCUUACUGUGUUGUCACGAACUUCUGGGCCGUGUGCUGUGGAGCAGAGCCUAGGGCGGGAUAUGGAGAUAUGCUUGCUGCACUUACCGCAAUUUUCAUGGCUGACCAUAGAAAUCUGAUCCGUUUGGCUAAGGCAGGAGAAGGGGUGAACUCCAUUGUGGUACGCCGAUUAACCUUGAAUCGCAACCGACUCACCACAGUAGUUUUAUACUUACUAUGCACCUCAUAUGCUCCAAGUGAUGAGGCAUUAAAUCUUUAUACUACCGUCAACUGGAGGUUGGACAGACGAGUAAGCACAUUGAAUCGCCUCUGGAAAGUAAUGAAUGACACAGAGCCGCCUACAAGAAUGUUCGACGGUGCGAAUUACACAGAAAUCACGCCGAUAGGACGAGUGAGAGAGAGGAAUUGUGUAGAAGGGGCGCUACCUGAGAAUCCAGCCGCAGAACAGGAAGAAGGAGAAGACGGCGGCCCUGAGGAAGCUGAAGAUGACAGAACUCCGGAGCCAGAGUUUGACCAAGAUGAGGAGAUGCGAUAUCUGGGUGCCGACGAUCCAACCGAUAAAGGCCCAUCAGCGGCCCGCUACGUGGCACCGACUAGGGACUUGCCAAAGACAGUAUACAAGAAGUGUCGGGUUUACUGUGAUUUGCCCGCUGAGGCCAUGUAUUGUAAUAACGAUCGUGAGACUAAAUCAGCCAAAGUGGGCGGGAGAAUGAUAGCCACAUUAACGGAGAAUGUGGUAUGA